UUGAGAUAUUUCGCUUAGUGAUGUAUGUCAACAUCUUAGUUAAGAAGACUCAGUAGUGGCUCCGAUAUACAAAAAGGGGGCAAAAAAUAUAUAUUCCAUAACCACACAACAAAUCUCUCUGUUUCUCCCGUUCUUGCUCUGUUUUCUCAAAGACAUAAGAGGUGGUCGCGUUACCAUAAAAAGGAUAGUGAAAAUCAUCGUCUAUGGCUACUGCUAAGAACAAGGGAAAAUCCAUCAGGACCCUUGGUACCAAUGAAGCCGAGAACAUGGAUGUGAUAGAGUUGGAGGAGGAGCUCCAAUUUAUUAGUAGCGGCAAGAAUAAAGAUUCGAGUUCUGGCUCGGACAUGUGGUUUGGUGAUGCUUCCUCUACGUCUCAGAGAAGUCUCAGGAAGACCAGAACCUUUGACCGACACAAUCCUUAUCUCCUAUCUUCUUAUGCUACUCCUCAUCCGCCGCCAACAACUACAUCAUGCUCUGUCUCUUCUUCUUCCAGGGUCACUUUUCCAUUUUCCAUCGCUCCAACGAUUCAGAAUCAACAACCGUUUUCAUACCCGAAUGACCUUUCAGGACAUAGACAACAACAAAUGAUCUCGUUCGGUCCUCAACUACAGGUGCAGCCAUAUUUAGCACAACAACAGCAACAACUGCUGCAGUACUGGAGAGACAUUCUGAAGCUGAGCCCGAGCGGAAGAAUGAUGAUGAUGAACAUGUUAAGACAAGGAGGUGAUCUGACGCGGCCGCCGAUGCAACCCUUCAGCGCCACCAAGCUAUAUAGAGGGGUCAGACAACGCCACUGGGGGAAAUGGGUCGCGGAGAUCCGUAUGCCGCGGAACAGGACACGUCUCUGGCUAGGCACAUUCGACACAGCAGAGGAAGCCGCCAUGGCCUACGACCGUGAGGCCUUCAAGUUGAGGGGAGAGACGGCCAGACUCAAUUUCCCUGAGCUUUUUCUCAAUAAACAAGAGGCAACUCCGGUGCAUCAGAAACAAUGCGAGACGGCGACUGCUAGUGAAGAGGCAAGCGAGAAAGGAGAGGGUGAUUCGAGCUCAGCAUUGGCAGUGGGAGGGGUGAGUGAGGAGACCGGGUGGGCCGAGGCGUGGCUCAAUGCAAUUCCUGAAGAAUGGGGACCUGGAAGCCCUCUAUGGGAUGAUUACCACUUCCCCACUUCUAAUCACAAGGACGAUCAUAACUCUUCUUCGUCUGAUACAGUUUAAAUUUAAAAGCGUUUUUCACCU